AUGUCUCGCCAAUCCGUCUGCAGGAGCUUCGGAGGGGGGAGUCGGAGGGGCUUCAGCUCCUGCUCUGCCAUGGGCGGGGGCUUCGGGGGCGGCCGCAGCCGGAGCAGCUACAGCUCCUACUCCAUGUCCAGGGGCUUCGGGGCCGGCGGGCGCUGCGGCGGCUUCGGCAGCAGGAGCCUCCACGGGCUGGGGAGCAGUGCCAGGAUAUCCAUGGGGGGCUGCUACGGCGGCAGGAUGGGCGGCUUCGGCGGCGGCUACGGGGGGCUCGGCAGCUUCGGGGGCGGGAUGGGCGGCGGAGGAGGAGGAAUGUGCGGCUUCGGAGGGAUGGGAGGCGGCGGAGGAAUGGGGGGCUUCGGUGCUGGGGUGGGCGGCUACGGCGGUGGCUAUGGUGGCCCAGGCUUUGGUGGCCCAGGCUUUGGUGGCCCAGGCUUUGUCAUGGGUGGCCCAGGCAGAGCCGGCCCCGGCAUCCAGCCGGUGCAGAUCGACUCGACCCUGCUCCGGCCCGUCCACGUGGAGAUCGACCCCCAGAUCCAGCAGGUGAAAACCCAGGAGAAGGAGCAGAUCAAGACCCUGAACAACCAGUUCGCCUCCUUCAUCGACAAGGUCCGGUUCCUGGAGCAGCAGAACAAGGUCCUCUCCACCAAGUGGGAGCUGCUGCAGCAGCAGGGGCCGUCGGGGCCGAGGAAGGACCUGAGUGUGAUCUUUGAGAGCUACAUCCAGAACCUGAGGAGGCAGCUGGACUCCAUCCUGGCGCAGCGGGGGCAGCUGGAGUCGGAGCUGCAGAACAUGCAGCAGUACGUCGAGGAGUACAAGAGCAAGUACGAGGAGGAGAUCAACCGGCGCACGACGGCCGAGAACGAGUUCGUGGUGCUGAAGAAGGACGUGGACUCGGCCUACAUGACCAAGGUGGAGCUGGAGGCCAGGGUGGGAGCUCUGACGGACGAGAUCAACUUCCUGAGGGCCAUCUACGAGGAGGGGAACACCCAAGCCCUGAGUCGGUUGUGUCACUGACGGGUCCCUUUGUCCCCGUGCCACCAGUACGAGGAGCUGCAGAGCACGGCCGGGCGCCACGGGGACAACCUGCGGAACACCAAGAUCGAGAUCCAGGAGCUGACCAGGAACGUGCAGAGGCUGAGGACGGAGAUCGAGAACGUGAAGAAGCAGAACCAUCACCUGCAGUCGGCCAUCGCCGAGGCCGAGGAGAGGGGUGAGAUGGCCCUCAAGGACGCCCGCAGGAAGCUGGAGGAGCUGGAAUGUGCCCUGAGCAAGGACAAGGAGGAGCUGGCCCGGCUGCUGAAGGAGUACCAGGAGCUGCUGAACAUCAAGAUCGCGCUGGACGUGGAGAUCGCCAUGUACAGGAAGCUGCUGGAGGGGGAGGAGAACAGGCUCUGCGGAGACAACCCGUCCAACGUCAACGUCUCCGUGGUGGGCAGGACCACCGUGUGCGGGGGCCGGGCCGGCGGCUUCGGGGCCGGCAACGGGCUGGCAGGAGGAGGAGUGUGCGUGGUCGGAGGAGGAAGCGUCGUCGGGGGCGGCUGCGGGGUGGGAGGGGGGAUCCUCAGCGGGGGCUUCUCCUCCGGCAGCGGGAGGGUGUGCAGCUCCUCCGCCGGAAACUUCGUGGCCGGGGGCGGCUCGUCCUCGGUGCGCAGAUGUGUCACCACCACCACGGUCAAGUCCUCGGGGGUCAAGUACUGA